CUCCCGGCCCGCGCGCUCCGGGCUCCGGCUUCUCCCGGCUCCUGUCAGUGCGGUGACUGCGCUGGGAAACAUGGCGACCGAGGGAAUGAUCCUCACUAACCACGACCAUCAAAUCCGUGUCGGAGUCCUCACAGUGAGUGAUAGUUGCUUCAGGAAUCUUGCAGAAGAUCGCAGUGGGAUAAAUCUCAAAGAUCUCGUACAAGAUCCUUCUUUGUUGGGUGGGACUAUAUCAGCAUACAAGAUAGUACCAGAUGAAAUAGAAGAAAUCAAGGAAACCCUGAUAGAUUGGUGUGAUGAAAAGGAACUUAAUUUGAUAUUAACAACUGGAGGAACAGGGUUUGCACCACGAGAUGUCACUCCAGAGAAAUUCCCAACAUUCCCAUUUUGUGGGCUCCAGAAAGGGGCCACAAAAGAAGUAAUAGAACGGGAAGCGCCAGGGAUGGCCCUGGCAAUGCUGAUGGGAUCACUUAAUGUUACACCUCUGGGCAUGCUCUCUAGGCCUGUAUGUGGAAUCAGAGGUAAAACUCUCAUAAUUAACCUGCCAGGUAGCAAGAAAGGAUCUCAGGAAUGCUUUCAGUUUAUACUGCCAGCUCUACCUCAUGCCAUUGACCUUUUACGUGAUGCCAUUGUAAAAGUAAAGGAAGUGCAUGAUGAACUUGAAGAUUUACCUUCCCCACCACCUCCUCUUUCCCCUCCUCCCACAACUAGCCCCCAUAAGCAGACAGAAGACAAAGGGGUUCAAUGUGAGGAAGAGGAAGAAGAGAAGAAAGACAGUGGUGUUGCUUCAACAGAGGAUAGUUCUUCAUCACAUAUAACUGCAGCAGCCAUUGCUGCCAAGAAGCAUCCAUUCUACACCAGUCCAGCUGUUAUCAUGGCACACGGUGAGCAGCCCAUUCCUGGUCUCAUCAAUUAUUCCCAUCAUGCAACAGACAGUACAGAUGAACGGAUUCCAGAUUCCAUCAUUUCUCGUGGUGUUCAGGUGCUCCCACGAGACACAGCCUCCCUCAGCACUACUCCUUCAGAAUCGCCUCGUGCUCAGGCUACAUCUCGCCUUUCUACAGCUUCCUGCCCAACACCAAAACAAAUUAGACGGCCGGAUGAAAGCAAAGGAGUUGCUAGUAGAGUUGGAUCCCUCAAACUCCAUCGAAAGCUGGAGGAGCUCAGAGAUCACCUAGAAGGCAAUGUGAAAGGAUACUCUCUCAGAGUAAAUGUCCAGUCCAGGUGCAGCAGCAAGGAGAACAUUCUCAGAGCCAGUCACAGUGCUGUCGAUAUCACCAAGGUGGCUAGAAGACACCGCAUGUCUCCUUUUCCUCUAACAUCUAUGGACAAAGCCUUCAUCACAGUCCUGGAGAUGACUCCGGUGCUUGGGACAGAAAUCAUCAACUACCGAGAUGGAAUGGGGCGAGUCCUUGCUCAAGAUGUGUAUGCAAAAGACAACCUACCCCCCUUUCCAGCAUCAGUAAAAGAUGGCUAUGCUGUCCGAGCUGCCGAUGGCCCAGGAGAUCGUUUCAUCAUUGGGGAAUCCCAAGCUGGUGAACAGCCGACUCAGACAGUAAUGCCAGGACAAGUCAUGCGGGUUACAACAGGUGCUCCAAUACCCUGCGGUGCUGAUGCAGUAGUACAAGUAGAAGAUACCGAACUAAUCAGGGAAUCCGAUGAUGUACGUCAUCACCAGGGCACUGAGGAACUUGAAGUACGAAUUCUGGUGCAAGCUCGGCCAGGCCAAGAUAUCAGACCCAUCGGCCAUGACAUUAAAAGAGGGGAAUGCGUUUUGGCCAAAGGAACCCAUAUGGGCCCCUCAGAGAUUGGUCUUCUGGCAACUGUAGGCGUCACAGAGGUUGAAGUUAAUAAGUUUCCAGUUGUUGCAGUCAUGUCAACAGGGAAUGAGCUGCUAAAUCCUGAAGAUGACCUCUUACCAGGAAAGAUUCGAGACAGCAAUCGUUCAACCCUCUUAGCAACAAUUCAGGAACAUGGUUACCCCACAAUCAACUUGGGAAUUGUGGGAGACAACCCAGAUGACUUACUCAAUGCCUUGAAUGAGGGUAUCAGUCGUGCUGAUGUCAUCAUCACAUCAGGGGGUGUAUCCAUGGGGGAAAAGGACUAUCUCAAGCAGGUGCUGGACAUUGAUCUUCAUGCUCAGAUCCAUUUUGGCAGGGUUUUUAUGAAACCAGGCCUGCCAACAACAUUUGCAACCUUGGAUAUUGAUGGUGUAAGAAAAAUAAUCUUUGCACUACCAGGGAAUCCUGUGUCAGCCGUGGUCACCUGCAACCUCUUUGUUGUGCCUGCACUGAGAAAGAUGCAGGGCAUCUUGGAUCCUCGGCCAACCAUCAUCAAAGCCAGGUUAUCAUGUGAUGUAAAACUGGAUCCUCGCCCAGAAUACCAUCGCUGUAUAUUGACUUGGCAUCACCAAGAACCACUGCCUUGGGCACAGAGCACAGGUAAUCAGAUGAGCAGCCGUCUGAUGAGCAUGCGCAGCGCCAAUGGCUUGUUGAUGCUACCUCCAAAGACAGAGCAGUACGUGGAACUCCACAAGGGCGAGGUGGUGGAUGUCAUGGUCAUUGGACGGCUAUGAUGGUCCCAGAGGGAGAAAGCUUUGAUGCAUGUCCACAUAUCAUUGACUGUAUCCUGUAAUAUGCAACGGCACAGCUAGUUUUUCUGAUCUGGAUAAAAGUUGAUCUGUAUAGUCAACAUCUUGAACUAUAUUUCAAAAGAAUUUAAAUACCUUUUAAAGAAAAAACACCUAAAAAUAAAUCUUAACAGACAACUCUAUUCUGAUUAUAUCAAAGCAAAUUUUUUCUUUCUUGCAAAUUGCUUUGUGUGUUCAAUGCUAGGUCUGAUAGCGAUAGCUUUUAGUAGACAGCAGUAGGUGCCUGCAGAACUUGUGUUUUUCUCAUCUUUAAAAUACAACUAAUUAUGCUCUUAAUCAAGGCUGUCUGCUUAUUUAUACUAGCGUAGGCAACACUUGGAUUUCCCUUCUUAGUAUGCUUCAUAACCGCUUUUCAGAGAGCUUUUGCUUGUUCUUUAUCAUGUAUCGUGUUUAUGUGCACAGUGCCAACAGAAGAGUGACCGGGUGGAGGCCCAGCCCUGCUGCAGGGAGCACCCUCACCUGCAGAGCGCCCGGGAGGCGCCUCACCCCGGUAGCCUCGUGGCACAGUACUCUGGGGCGGUAACUGGACACCUUUUAUUUGAAUAAACAAACUGGGGGAAAAAUGCUUCCUUAAGUGCUGACAGCCUUUUUAACCAAUACAUUUAAAAUUGUACAGAACAAAAAAUAAAAUCAAAGACUGAUCUUGUACAGAUAUUAGUGUUACCAGCAUUCAUGUGGAAAUCAAGAGCAAAGAAAAAAUAAUGUUAACAACUCUGUACCAUAACAUUUUCUGUAAUGAUACUGAAACUUAAUGAAUAAAAAAAAUCCUUGAUCAUUAUUUAAAAA